UAUAGGUAUCAGAGUGACCAUGAACUUCAAUUUGCUGAGUAUACUGGUUGCGUGUUGUACCAUUCUUAGAUGCGCUGAUGCACAAAAAGAUCCUCACUGGGUCGCUGGACGUAAUACAAUUGUGCAUUUAUUCGAGUGGAAAUGGAAGGAUGUCGCUGACGAAUGCGAACGCUUUCUUCAAUAUAAAGGUUAUGGCGGAGUGCAGGUCUCGCCACCCACCGAAAACAUCGUAGUGCCAAACCGUCCUUGGUGGGAGAGGUACCAACCGAUCAGUUAUAAGCUUGUCACGCGCUCGGGAAAUGAGGCAGACUUUUUGGACAUGAGCCAAAGAUGUAACGCUGUUGGGAUUAGAGUAUACGCGGACGUCGUUAUAAAUCACAUGGCCAGGGAACCAGUAGUACCUCCUGCGAUAGGUACAGGAGGUUCGUCAGCGGAUCCGGCCAGUAAAAAUUUCCCAGACGUUCCCUACACGAGUGCAGAUUUCCAUUUGACUUGUCCAAUCAACGAUUACAAAGACGGCGGCAAUGUUAGAAAUUGCGAGCUUGAAAGGCUGAAAGACUUAAAUCAUGGGCGUGAAUACGUACAGGCAAAGAUCAUUGAACUCUUAAACCGGCUUAUCGAUUUAGGCGUUGCGGGAUUUCGAAUUGAUGCAGCAAAGCAUAUGUGGCCGAAAGACUUGGAGUUCAUUUACGGCAAACUUAAGAAUCUGAAUACAUCGUUUGGUUUCUCGCCAAAUUCUAGGGCGUUUAUUUAUCAAGAAGUCAUCGAUUUAGGCGGAGAAGCCGUAUCUCGCGAAUCUUACACUGCCUUGGGCACAGUCACCGAAUUUCGACACAGUGCGGAAAUUGGUAAAGUAUUUAGAGCCAAGGAUAAAUUGACAUACCUAAGCAACUGGGGCACUGGGUGGGGUCUACUUCCGAGUGAAGAUGCAUUCACAUUUGUGGAUAAUCAUGAUAAUCAAAGAGGUCAUGGUGCCGGUGGUGAUAAUAUACUGACUUAUAAAUCGUCGAAACAGUAUAAAAUGGCAACGGCUUUCAUGUUGGCUUACCCAUAUGGUAUUACUAGGAUUAUGUCAAGUUUUGACUUUGUCUCCUCUGAUCAGGGUCCCCCGCAUGAUAGCAAGGACAAUAUCGUUUCCCCGUCAAUUAAUUCAGAUGGUACCUGCGGAAAUGGUUGGAUUUGCGAGCACCGCUGGAGGCAAAUGUACAAUAUGGUAGAGUUUAAGAACGUAGUGGCAGGCACGGGCUUGUCUAACUGGUGGUCGGAUGGCCAUCAGCAAAUAUCGUUUUGCAGGGGAAAGAAAGGAUUUAUUGCGUUUACAAAUUGGGGCGAUCUAAAACAAACUUUGCAGACAUGUCUUCCAGGUGGGACAUAUUGUGAUAUCAUUAGUGGUCAACUUUCUGACGAUUCCAAAUCUUGUACUGGCAAGAAGGUUUAUGUUGAGCCCAACGGAUUCGCAUACAUUGAUAUUUGGGCGUUUGACGAAGAUGGCGUUUUAGCAAUUCAUGAAAAAUCUAAAAUUUAAAAGCAUGAUAAUUACCAAGGGUACUUUUAGUGUUGAUUUAAACGUAUUCAGAUUAUUCAACCAUUUAUAAUGUCAAAAGGCGUAUAGGUACCAAUAAAUAAAUGUUUUUUAAUACUUACCCAUCGAGAGGCAGAGGAGAGGAAGUUUGGUGAAUUGAGCAUGGGAUAAUAAACAGAGUAUAUUUUCACAAUUUACCUAUACUUACGUCUUAGGUACGUCCUGUAAGUCAAUUAGAUUCGUUACCUGCAAUACAAUGCAAAUCAAUCUUUUUCAUAUUUGGUAUAAGUUAGCUAUACCAUUGUAUAGUACUACAUAUACAAUGCCUAGGUAUACUAUACUGCAUAUAAAAAACAACAAAAGUACAUUUUUAUUACUACUGAUUUUGAGCGAAAAUUACACCUACUA